GGGAUUGUGCGUAUUGGAUUUGAAUCUGCAUUCAUGGUUCUCCGGACUAAUUGAACCAUCCAAACCCAUUCUUUUGCACGAGCUGCAUCUUCUCAAAGGAUAAAGUGAUAAUUUGAAUUUGUAGGAGUUUGAGUGCGAUAGAACGUUUCAGAAAUCCGCAUUGAAUAUAUCUCAAUCUCCGAAACAGCUCAAGGCAAAGUGCAUUAUCGAAGAGCAAGAACUGUCGGUUAAGAUCCAUCGACGGUUUGUGGGAAAACUUAACGGUUUGUGCGGCACGACUUGAAUUCGGUGUGUGCAUUAGGAAAUUCUUCGUUAAGUGCAUCAGGAGCUUCUUCGGCGUGUGCAUCAGGAGAUUCUCGGGGGUGCGGUGGGAUGCGGGUCGAGGAUGCAUCUCUCGAAAGACAUGAGUGAGGAGGACUCGUCGCUGCUGACGGCGGACAUAUUGGCCGAGCGAACGUUGGACGGGCUCCUGGCCGAGCACCCGGGGGAGUUGGUGCGGACGGGGAGCCCGCACGUGGUCUGCACGGUCCUCCCGCCGCACUGGCGCUCCAACAAGACCCUCCCGGUGGCCUUCAAGGUGGUCGCCCUCGGUGACGUCAUGGACGGCACCGUCGUCACCAUCCGGGCCGGCAACGACGAGAACUUCUGCGCCGAGCUCCGCAACUGCACCGCCGUCAUGAAGAACCAAGUGGCCAAGUUCAACGACCUCCGGUUCGUCGGCAGGAGCGGCAGAGGGAAGAGUUUCACGUUGACGAUAAUUUUGAACUCCUGUCCUCCACAAGUAGCAACGUAUGCAAAAGCCAUCAAGGUCACAGUUGAUGGUCCUAGGGAGCCUCGCUCGAAAACAAUUUGUUUUUCAGGGCACCAGUCAUUCCAUCCGUUUCACUUUGCACCAAGAGCUUUUCCAUUUGGGACCCCCCUCGAUCCUCAAAGAGUAGCCGAUUUGCCUUUUAAACUUUCUGGUCUAGCCCAUCAUCUAGGAAUAAAUGGUGAUGGACAUCACUGGAACUCGGCAUUUGGCCGUAAUUUAGGAGGGUAUCCUCCUUACUUGUCGCACUGCGGACCGCCUCAUUCAUCGCAUUUUCCUCACAUACUACCAUUGACUGGCUCCGAUCAUCCAAGAGAAACGUCGCCUAGAGAUUUAUUACGAUCCUCGUCGGAGCCGCUGGGUCCGCUCAACAUCAACGUGGGGAACCACAACCACAGCCACAACCACGCGAGUCCUGCCGGGAAGCUCCACCCCCACCCCCACCCGCGCCUAGGUCGGGGGCACCCGUUCCCCAUCGGGGUCGGCCGCCGCGGCAGACGGCACAAGCCCCUUUCCGACCUGAAAAACCCCGCGGGCGAUCCCCCGACGGGACCCUCCACUACCGAAGGGCUCCAGAACUCGGUGGCCCCCCGGUUCCCCCCAAGCCUUCCGUUCCAGCAGAACCCCUCGUUUUUCAGCCUUUUCCUGAAUCCAUCCCUGUCGACGCAGUGGCUCUACUCGCAGUUCUACCCGAACCCCUACUCGCAGCUCCACUUCAGGCAGCAGAUCUUCGAGGAUGCCAAGGCCAAGGAAGUGCCUGACAGUCCCAAGUCCGACGACUCCAAAAAAGCUUCAAGUCCGACACCGACGCCGGAUGAUCAGAACAAAUCGUCUUCCUCCUCAAAGUCCAGCGAUAAGUCCCCGCAGGAAAAGACCUCUAAAAACUCGGACGUUUGGCGGCCGUAUUAGACGUGAGAAAUUUCAAAUCUUUGUCACGGGUAUCUGAAGAUUUACGAAGGUUACGAUUGUCGAUGUGUAUUGAUUCAUUCUCUUUAUGUGGCUGUACAGAUUUACGUUCAGGGUUUUGCCAUCUUUUCAAUAAAUUGGAACUUCCGAAUGUUAAUUUUAAGGAAAAAUAAUUGUGUAAAUUUGAAUAUUGUACAUAUAUUAAGUAUUGUUAAAAGAAAAGAAGGGGUUGCACACUACUGAAAACAUUGUAAAGUUGAUUUCCGGAUUAUGAUGAAUGCAUUUUUUUCAUAAAUGAAUGUUCUCUGAAUUGUUUUAUUAAUCGUGAUGAAUAUGGGUCUGAUAUUGAGAUCAGAGCCUUAGCAACCGUUUCGAAGACACCAAUCAGAGUGUUUCGACGUCAUUCCCUCCGAAAACACCGUUAUACUCAAAUUUUUAAACCGGAUUAAUCGGAUACCGCAGGAGAUUCGCUGAAAGUUUAUUUUUCAUUAUGCACAGGCAACGAACACAUUGCAACAGACGAUGAUUCGAGACACUAAAGGUUAUUGGUGCCGGCGAGUGAACCGCUCAUUAACUGUCUCCCUGGGAAAAUUGAAAAACCGAAAAGUCUAAAAGUUGCUUGUAAUUGUUGAAUGAUUAUGAUGAAUGUAUUUGUCAUAAAUUAUUGUUCUCUGAAUUGUUUUAUUAAUUCUGGUGAAAAUGGGUCUGAUAUUGAGAUCAGAGCCUUAGCAACCGUUUUGAAGACACCAAUCAGAGUGUUUCGACGUCAUUCUCUCCGAAAACACUGUUAUUCUCAACUUUUUAAACCGGAUCAAUCGGAUACCGGAGGCUAUUCGUCGAAAGUUUAUUUUUAUUAUACACAGGUAACGAAUAAAUUGCAACAGACGAUGAUUCGGGGCACGAUAGGUUAUUGGUGCCGGCAAGUGAACCGCUCAUUUACUGUCUCCUUGGGAAAAUUGAAAAACCGAAAAGUCUAAAAGUUGCUGAUAAUUUUUGAAUGAUUAUGAUGAAUGCAUAAUUGUCAUAAAUUAAUGUUCUCAGAAAUUUUUGUAGUGAUCCUGGUGAAUAUGGGUCUGAUAUUGAGAUUAGAGCCUUAGGAACCGUUUUGAAGACAUCAAUCAGAGUGUUUCAACGUCAUUCCCUCCGAAAACACUGUUAUUCUCAACUUUUUAAACUGGAUCAAUCGGAUACCGGAGGUGAUUCGUCUUAAAAAGUUUAUUUUUUAUUAUACACUGGCAACGAACAAAUUGCAACAGACGAUGAUUCAGGGCACUAUGGGUUCUUGGUGCCGGCGAGUGGACCGAUCAUUAAUUGUCUCCCAGGGAAAAUUGAAAAACCGAAAAGACUCAAAGUUGCUUAUAAUUUCGAUUCCGCACAUUGCAACGAGCAACACAAGCUCCAACAAUCCAACUGCAGGGAGGAUGGGUCCAAUCUGCAGUAUUGCCUGACACCGAACCUCUUACAAAGAAAGAAAAACGACAUUGAGGAAAGGUGGCGAUGGAUUUACGAGGAUCCAGCAAGAAUUUUAAAAAAAUAAAAUGAUGCUUGGAUUCAUAUAUUGCCUACUGGCUUGUAAUGUGAAUGAAAUGGUUAGGAAGAAGUCAGUUCUGUAAGUUUAUUAAUGUGUACAUAUUUCUUGAUUUCUUUUUUUAUGAGCAGUUGCAGCCUGAGAGGCGUGAAUGCACAAAUAUAGUGUUUUAUCAUUCGGAACCUUCAAUCUAGUGUCAAAAUGUAUCACACUGUAAUGUGAUAUUCGUUCAUCCAUUGAAAUUUUUACGUCAUUUAUAUAAUAUUGGGAGAUGAUAAAUUAUGAAUCCGGAAAACCUUAAUCCUUCUUUAUUCAGUUCUUAUUGUUCUGCCGUGUUAUCUAGAAUGAAGCGUUCGACAAAAGCCAUUUAACUGUACUAUUUGAUUGAGCUGCUAUCAUUUUAGGCCGUGUUUAUACAGCAUUUGACUCUUGAUCGCGACGCGAUUGCGCUCAUUUGAUCCGAGACUGCGACUUGACGGGAAUUUGAUGCGUGUGUUUAUACAGGGUUAAACUCCCUCACGACUCAAUUUUAAUUUAUCAACAAUACUGUUGGGUCAUGGUGGCAGUGCAUCAUGUCUUUAUCCGACGAAGAAGACGUGCUUUUGCAAUGGGCGGUGAAUAAGCAUCGUCGUUUUCGUGAACACCCUUUCAAUACAGAAAAUAUUAAAAAAAAGUCAGUAUUUAAGUUUUUUAGAAACAUUUUUGUUAGCAUAAAAUGCAUUCCGUGGGUUCCAGAUUCAUGGCCGAGCCUCCCACCAAUUCCACAAGCUUCAGGGCUUCCUCUUCAGAAGUCAUUAUAUUAGCUAACCUCUAAAAAUCUUUUUUAUUUUAUUAAUAAACCACCUUUUUUAAAAAGGAUGAAAUAGUUUUCGUCCGUUCACUGCACCAAGCAAGACAAGACAGAUCAAGAGUCGAGUCGGAGUCUAGAGCACUGAGUCUCGUCACAGACCGCGACGCGACUGAGAUUUGAUCGUCAAAUCUCAAUCGCGUCCGAGUCGCGACAUGUAUAAACAUACUCAUUCAACUUUUCAUGUGUUGUGCCGAGUCGCAAUCGCGUCGCGAUCAAGAGUUUAAUGCUGUAUAAACACGGCCUAAAAAUCACUCCUUCUCAUGCGAUCAUUCUCCAUUUUCGUCUUCUUGAUAAUGGGCGUUAAAAAAUUAAUAUUCAGCCCUGACCAUUCCUUCUUUCAAUCAACAAAAAUGGUUUUCAAAAGUCAUAUUUUCUAUGGUAAACAGCAAACCUGAAGAAUUAUAUUCUUUAAUUUUUCGACGGAAGUAAUUUUCAUUGAAUAUUGUAUGAAACAACUCAUUUACAUAGCUUCUCCAAAUGAUACGCCUCUUAAUCUAUAUGCUAUUCAGGUCUCGCUGGUAUUAUGGCUUAUUAAAUUAAAAUACCCUUCGAGGUUAACGCGGUGUUUGAAAACAAACCUUCACUGUAAGAAAUUACAGAACUGAUUGCUUUCUUCUGGUGACUCGGCAGGAACCCAGCCAACCUGAUUUGAAUAUUGAAGUCUCCACUGAUGCCAUGGCGCAGUAUAGCUCAGUUUUCUGGUCUGUAAACUUAUUUGUUGAGAGCCAUUGACGUAACAUUGACUUUGUAGAAUAGGGUCACUAGUGCGCCUCCAAUAUUUCGUGUAUGCAAUCCGGACAGUCGUCGAACACGUAUGGUUGCAUCAAGAAGUUCGUAGCAAUUUAGCAAGGCGCCGGCCAGCCGAAUCGCACAAACAGCUUUAGAAAAAUUAAAGCCCCUUCAAUAAUUUGCGUAUGCAAUUAGGACAAGCGUGGAGCACGAAUAGUGGUAUCCACAAACCUGUGGUAAUUUGACACGGCGCAGAGCGGUGCAAUCGCGUGAUGUCGCUCUAACAGGAAAGCGCACUCGAAUACGCCUCAGAUGAAUAAUCACAUCAAUAUUCAAGGAAUUUCAUUGAUUAGUUGUCCAGUCAAGUGUUAAACCGUAUAUUUGGUUUCCAAGUUUUUCCAAAGUGUCACUUAAAAAAAUCACCACUAGACACAUUUUUUACGGUGAUUUUCAGUAUGAAAAAAGUUAACAAAUGCCAUAAACUCCACUGGAAAAAAAAGAAUCUUAAAUUUGCCGUCAAGAAGUAUUUCUUCUUAAAUCAAGAAUUUUGCUGGUUAAUAUAAGCUACUUUUUUGCUUAACCCAAGCAUUAUUUUUCUUGAAUCAAGAAAAAAUCAGCUUAAAGCAAGAUAAAGAAAAUUCUUGGCGGCAAAUUCAAGAAUUAUCAUGCUUGAUCCAAGCUACUUUUUUUUUCAGUGUCCGAAUGAAACUGCAUGUUUGAGUGUAAAAUUCAUAAAAAAAGACAAAUUUUGUAAAAACUGUCAUUUUCAAGUUGUAAAUAUUUUUGAUGCAUUUCGUUAACCUUAUGAUGUACAUUUUUUUUAAAAAAAAAAGUAUGUGUAUUUAUCUGUAAAUUAAAAUGACCGUAAAUAGAAAUAAAAUGACUGUUAUAAGAA